AUGAAAAUGAAAGUAACUAAUAGAGAAUCAGCACCAGUUACUCAGAAGCCAACAGUUACUCUACUCAUUAGUACCAUGGAAUUUCAGUCUCCCAUAGCACGUCGAUCUUACACCACACUACCUAACAUUUCACUCAGUUGCAUCCAGGAGCAGAGCGACAGAGGCAUUCCAAUUCCUCCAGGUUUACAGCUACUGGUUGCCAUGAGAUACAUGGCUACAGGAAAUUUUCAACUAACUCUAGGAGACUGUUCAGACAUGUCUCAACCAAAUGUUAGCAAAUAUGUCCGGAAUGUAUCUGCUGCUAUUGCCACUCUUGCACCAGAUUAUAUUAAAUUCCCCUUUCCUGGACGAGAAGAAGAGUUCAUGCAGGAAUUUGCCUCGAUUGCUGGAAUGCCAGGUGUGAUAGGCUGUAUAGAUGGGACUCACAUUCUAAUCAGGAGCCCUGGAGAGCCAAAUCCUGAACUCUACAGGUGUAGAAAGAAUUUCUUCUCCAUUAAUGUCAUGGCCGUAUGUGAUGCACACAUGAAAUUUACAAACCUUUUUGUAAACUGGCCGGACAGUGCUCAAGACCUCCGCAUAUUCACAAUGUCAAGACUUUGUGAAAGUCUGCAGGCCGGUGAAUAUCGAGGCUUUAUCCUUGGUGAUAGUUGA